GAGUGGCACAACCAGGACCCCCGCCCCUAGUGGGGCUUUCGGUGUGCAACCGUGGGUCCUGAGCAGGGAACUUCCUUCCCCCGCCCCUUGCUUACAGUUCUGCAACUGUCAAUAAACAGUUACACCCUACCGUGUGCUAAGCAUCAGGAGUUACAGGGCUUGAGGUCAGCUCCGGAAGACUUGAAAGUGAGGUUGGUGGGGGUAGGUGUCUGAUUGAGUGUGUGUGCGCGUGUGCGUGUGUGUAGAAACUAACCCAGCACCUACUGCAGUGCCUCUCAACCAGUAAGCCCUCAAUAAACCUUCGCUGAAUGAAUGAGAAGGUAAGUGGAUGAGGGAGCCGGGCUAGAGAGGGCAGCUCCACUCAUCCCAACCCUGCCUCCCCUGAGCGCAAGCCGACAAAAAUAAUUAGGUUAAGCCUUUAAUCACAGCUGGUUUCACGGGCAGGCGGACAAGGAAGAGCCGGGAAAGGCAGCAAUCCUGGGGACACAGGGUGCUGGCCUGGCUCACGGACACUGCCUCCCUCUCGGAUGCCCUCCAGGCCCCCACAGCUUGGGUGUCAGUAAUCUCCUGUUUUCUUGUCUCCCUCAGGACACCGGGUUCCCUAGGAGCUGCCCCAGGCUUAAUGAUUGUCCAGAAGGUGCCUAUAAAGGGAGCGUGGGAGGCUGGGUGGAGGAGGGAGUAGAAAAAGCCCAACUCAGCAGAUCUGAGCACUUGAGAGCCUCAAUCAGGAGCCGUGGUCAGAGGCUCUGUGUCCCGGCCAGUAGGGCCUGCUCUUUCCCACCAUGGCGGCCCGAGGCUACGGCUAUUACCGCACUGUGAUCUUCUCGGCCAUGUUUGGAGGCUACAGCCUGUACUACUUCAACCGCAAGACCUUCUCUUUUGUCAUGCCAUCGCUGGUGGAGGAGGUCCCUCUGGACAAGGAUGACUUGGGGCUCAUCACCAGCAGCCAGUCGGCAGCCUACGCCAUCAGCAAGUUUGUGAGCGGGGUGCUGUCUGACCAGAUGAGUGCUCGCUGGCUCUUCUCUUCCGGGCUUCUCCUGGUUGGCCUGGUCAACGUAGUCUUUUCCUGGAGCUCCGCAGUACCUGUCUUUGCUGCUCUCUGGUUCCUCAAUGGUCUGGCACAGGGGCUGGGCUGGCCCCCAUGUGGCAAGGUCCUGCGGAAGUGGUUUGAGCCAUCUCAAUUUGGCACUUGGUGGGCCGUCCUAUCAACCAGCAUGAACCUGGCUGGAGGGCUGGGCCCCAUCCUGGCAACCAUCCUCGCCCAGAGCUAUAGCUGGCGCAGCACGCUGGCCCUGUCUGGGGCACUGUGUGUAGUUGUCUCCUUCCUCUGUCUCCUGCUCAUCCACAAUGAACCCGCUGAUGUUGGACUCCGCAACCUGGACCCCACUCCCUCCAAGGGCAAGAAGGGCUCCCUAAAGGAGGAGAGUACCUUACAGCAGCUGCUGCUGACCCCCUACCUGUGGGUGCUCUCCACUGGCUACCUUGUGGUGUUUGGAGUAAAGACGUGCUGUACUGACUGGGGCCAGUUCUUCCUUAUCCAGGAGAGAGGACAGUCAGCCCUCGUGGGUAGCUCCUACAUGAGUGCUCUGGAGGUUGGGGGCCUUGUAGGCAGCAUCGCAGCUGGCUACCUGUCAGACCGGGCCAUGGCCAAGGCACGGUUGUCCAUGUACGGGAACCCCCGCCAUGGCUUGCUGCUGUUCAUGAUGGCUGGCAUGACAGUGUCCAUGUACCUCUUCCGGGUAACUGUGACCAGUGACUCCCCCAAGGAUGUUGCUUUCUGGACUCCGGCCCUUCACCCACUCGCUGAGCUCACAGGCUUUACAGAGCAUGAGCUCUGGAUCCUGGUGUUGGGAGCUGUGUUUGGUUUCUCCUCUUAUGGUCCCAUUGCCUUGUUCGGAGUUAUAGCCAAUGAGAGUGCCCCUCCCAACCUGUGUGGAACCUCCCAUGCCAUUGUGGGACUCAUGGCCAAUGUGGGCGGCUUUCUGGCUGGGUUGCCCUUCAGCACCAUUGCUAAGCAUUACAGCUGGAGCACAGCCUUCUGGGUGGCUGAAGUGAUCUGUGCGGCCAGCACAGGUGCCUUCUUCCUUCUACGAAACAUCCGCACCAAGAUGGGCCAAGUGCCCAAGAAGGCUGAGUGAAGACAGUGCAGGCUCUGGAGCAUCCUGUCCCACUUGUGGCCUCUCCCCUCCAUGGGGGUGGGGGAAGGGAGGGAGGGGACUAGCACCUUUGCUAGCAUCUGACUAGCACCUCUGACUUUCCCUUUCUGCUCCUUUUCCCUCAUCCAAGUGGCGCUGGAAGUUAUCAGUGUCUAAUGAGGUCCCAGCUUCCCAUCUGAUCUCUAUUUAAAAGACAACCUUUGUUCUUGGACUCCAUUAGCUCCUACUUCCUGGCUUCAAAGAGGAAACCCCUGCACUCAGGGAGUCUCCUGUAUCCUUCUCCCUCUCUUGGGCCCUGCCCUGUCCCCAUCCCACCCCAUCCUCACCUGAGGUGAGGCUCCUCCUGCAGCAACAGGGCAGCAAUGGCCCAGAACUUCUGCCCUGAGGCUUCUCAGCAGGGGGCAACUGCUCCUGCCAAUACCUUGGACUCCAAGGGAAGAGGGUCACUCUCACCAAUACCCAGUGUACAGUAGGGGGGUAAGGAUGGGAGAGUAGAAAGACUUGUUAUAGAAAA